AUGGAACAGUCAAGUCCUUACAACUAUUCUCAAGGUAUAAAACAUGCUAGUGUAGCAUCAAGUGUUUAUUCCCCAAUUCAAACGGAAUUUGUACCAGAGUCUAAUGCUAUAAUGGAAGAAGACGAAGACGAAGACGAAGACGAAGACGAAGCAGAGCAACAACAAGAACAGCCACCACAACAUACUCAAGAGAACAGUGUUGACGAAAUUGAAGAGGUAAGUGCUACCUCAGAUGAGUCAGAUGGUCAAAGUGACGAUGAGACUGUUUCACAUGAUGGAGUGAACAAUGAUGAGGAUCGAAAUGGUCUCAUAGCUGAUAGAUCAACCCAGACUAUUCAAACCUUUAUGACAGCAAACACACGAUUAAAUGCAGAAAACAUAUCACAAACUAAUGCUACUGGUAGCAGAUCUAGUUUGACUCCCUCAACUAAUGAAAGCUCAAAUAAUUCAGCAACACAAUUGUUGGACCCAUUGGACACCGAUGCUACACCUGUACUUACAAAUGCCGCUACUAAUACCGAUAAAACUCCAAUUGUAUCACCUGAUGGAUUUGUUCAAACUGGAAUUGAACAGACGACAGCAUCACUCCCUCAAAGAAAAUUAUCUAAAAAGUUCAAGAGACUUUCAAUGAAAUUACAAAACGCCACUGCAUCAGAGAAUUCGUCACAAUUUAUGAGCAAUUUUCAACAAAACAUUGAAAGGGCAAAUAAUAAUCAUAAGCGUCAGAGUCAGAGUCAAAGCCAGGGCCAGAAUCAAACGACGAAUAAUAUUUCUGAUAGAACCAGUACUUACUACACGAAGAUUACAGAAAGGACAAGUCAGGACAUUCACACUAAACCGGAAUUGUUUCACCACAAUAAAUCGCACUAUGAUACUGACGAUGCGGCAAGCUCAGUUUUAAAAAAUGACCAACAUUCGGAACUAAGUUCAGUGAGUAGUAGGGCAUCAAGUACGCGGAGUCAAAACUCAAUCAACCAUGACGAUUUUGAUGACAAGUCCUCCACUUCUUCGACAAAUAUUGCUUGGAAUAAUAAUUCAUCAAGCUAUAAUCUAAGAGGAUCAUUGGUCGGUGGCGACGAGGAAGUGCCUGUUCGAAGAGAUUUAAUUGAAACACCAACAAAGGAAAAAUUCAAAUUAUACAACAAAUCCAACGCCAAUUUGUCUGAACAAGGUGGUCUCAAUAUCAUAUAUGAUCUGAAUAAAGAAGUUCCUUCAACGAAUGAUUUGAAUCCUAAAAGUAAAUCUGUUGAUCUUUUGGAAGAGGAAGAAGAUUUAUCUUCAUUGUUUAUUCGGGCAUUACACGCAUUUGAUUCAUCAACUUUACAAUCAGAGUCGGACUCCUCCAUAUGUUUAUCAUUUGCUAAGGAUGACUUGGCAUUUGUACAUACAAUUGAUGAAUCUGGAUGGGGUGAAGUGACUCUUAUUGAAUCAUUAGAAAGAGGGUGGAUACCAAUGAACUAUUUUACAACCGCAGUUGCUGAACGUGAUUCAUCGGAAGAGGACGAAGAUGAAGACAAACUUGAAGAUGAAGAGGUUGAAGAACAGGAGGAAGAAAAUGAGGCAUUACCAAAUAGUCACUACAUUAAGCCAUUGUUUCAUGCAUGUGGGAAAUUCUUGAUGAAUCCAUUGAGUCACCGAAAUAGAAAAGGUCGCUACACUUUCUCCAUUCGUGUUGUGAACUCUAUCCGUGAUGGUGUUCGUGUCCUCCUUCAACAAACGGACUGUUUGUCAAGAUCCAAUGAAAUUGUAACAAAGAGACAAGUUGUCCGUAAAGCACGUAAAUCAUUACUAGCUGAUUGGUACAACUUAAUGGUCAAAGCUAAUGAGUUCAAAGGUACAUCAAAUUUCAGCAAGAUUGAAAUUUUAACAUUGAUGGUUUAUCAAGUGACAAGAAAAGCUACUGAAUUUUUAGAAGUAUGGUCAAUUGAAAGCAAACAAAUUGUGAAACGAGCUAAUGAACGGAAAUUACACGACGAUUUGAACAAUUAUCCCCUCUUGGAAGACCCACCAUUGGCUAAGCAAAGAAUUACCGAAAUCAAUGGCAUAUUGUAUUCGUAUUUGGGAUUGAUAAUUGGAAGAAUGGAUUUAAUUGAACACAAUCAAGUUGGAUGUGAAAUUUUAGAAACUUUGGCUCAUCAAAUCAUAUUAUUACUUCGAGAGCUCUUGUUUAUAUCCAAGACUGGGUCUGAUUUCAGCUUGCAAAAACCCGACGAUUUGGAUAAUUCAUUAGAUGGGUUGUUAUCAUUGGUUAGCGAUUUGGUUACAGGAGUGAAGAGCUUAGUCGUUAAGACUAUAAACGAAGGCGAUGUCAGUGGUGUGAAAAAUUUCGAUGGAAAUAGAGAUUACUUUUAUACACAAGAAGGUGGAGAUCUACUUCAAAUUGCAGCCAAGAUGAUUAAAGCCGUUGGACAUACGGUUGCUUCGGUGAGAAAAUUGCUUGAUAUAACUGGUGAUUUCAAAUUGAAUUCGGAAAGAUCUUAUCCUGAUUAUUUGAAAAUGAGAAUUGAACCUCAAGACUUUGUCAGACGAUGCAUGAAGGGUAUUAAAGCAACCAAAGGUAAACCAGUUGAAACCAACCUGGCAGCUAGUAAACCUUAUAAAGCUAAUCGUUAUUCCAUGGUUAGAUCAGGUAAAAGUGGUGAAUUGGGAAUCACCGAAAGUGGACAGAGCUUGUUGCAACACUUUGAAGACUCACCAUUUACAGCCUCAGCAGCUGAAUUCGAACCAUUCACAUCUACAUCGGGCGGGGGCGAUUUAACAAGCAACAACGACGAGAACCUCAAGAAUGAGUUAUUAACUGAUAAAAAUGGAUUUUUUCUUGGUGGAUCCUUUAAAGGAUUGGUUUACACGCUUACAAAUGAACAAUCACCACCUGAAUAUUUCUACGUCUCCACUUUUUUCAUCUGCUUCAGAAAUUUCGCCAAUGGUAUGGACUUGAUUGAGGAGUUGGUUGCUAGAUUUGAAGCUAAUCGCGGACAAGUUGAAGAUAUUAACUUGGCAUUAAGGUUGAAAAAUCGAAGAAAAUUGAUUGUUAAGAUGUUUCAACUAUGGAUGGAAAGUUAUUGGAAUCAAGAUUCCGAUUAUAGUCUCUUAACCACCAUGAUCAAUUUCUUCAAUGAAGGUGUGAGCCCCAUCUUGCCACUUGAUGCACUUGAAUUGAUUGAGAUUGGUGCUAAGUUAUCAACAAACCCUUUGAUUGAAAAUAGAGCAAGACGUACCAAACCAACUAAACAGUUGGUUGAAAGAAACAUUGUGUUGAAUUCCACCCUGGGUCAAUUGGAUUUCCAAUCCUUGAGUGAUGGCGACUAUGAUUUGUCAAGAGUUAGCUCCAAUGCAUCUAAUAGGCAAUCUUUGCCAUUACCCUCAGGAGCCACCCCGUCCAACUCCUUGCUCACGUUAACACAAACUGCCACGAUUGAGAAAAUCAUCAUGACAUAUAGAUCAAUCUUGAAGGAUAGUUGGUGUUCAGCCAAGUACUUGUCCUCGUACAAACCAUUGAACUUGUCUAAUUUGUUGUCCCAUUUCGCUAUUGUUUGUGAACAAAAUUGGGUAUUAUCGAAUUACAGGCCCAACUUGUUAGAUUUCAAUGCGUUGGAAGUUGCCAAACAAUUGACAUUGAUUGAAUCAAACAUUUUCUGUUCAAUCAAACCGGACGAAUUGUUGAAUCAAAACUUCACCAACAAAAGAGCUCAUUUGAGACUAUCGCCAAACGUUAGAUUAUCCCUCUUGUUUACUAACUGUUUAUCAAAUUACGUUUUGGAAUCAAUUUUACAACCGAAUUCAUCAAUGAAAGAAAGAGUCAAUACUCUAAAAGUUUGGCUCAAGGUUGCAAUCUCGUCACUAUACUUGCGAAACUUUAAUGGUUUAGCAGCGAUCACUACUGCUUUACAAAGUCAUUUAAUUACAAGGAUUGAUGAUUUAUGGACAACAUUACUGCAGAAAUACGUCGACUUGUAUCAAUAUUUGUCCUCGAUUAUAAGUAUGGAGAAAAAUUAUUCAACUUAUAGAAACAAGAUUCGUAAUUUGUUAUCAUCAGGAGAGUCAUUACCUAUAGUACCAUACAUCAAUUUGUUCAUUUCCGAUAUAACAACAACAACUGAAGGAAUACCAAAGUAUAUCCCAUCACAAAAUUUCUUAUCAAGUAAAGUGAUUAAUUUUCAAAAGUAUUCCAAGAUUGUUAAAAUUAUAGCCGAUUUACAAUCUUUACAAAAUCCAUAUAGCCUUGAGAACCAAACGGGGAGUCUGGCAGAAUAUAGGGUUCAAGAAUUGCCAUCGUUACAAGAAUUAAUUUUGUUGGAACUUUGGAAAGUGAAUAUCUUGCACAAGGUUGAUGAUGAUCGUGGGUGGAAAUUGAGUUGCGAUGUAUUGAAAAAAUAA